AUGUCUUCUCUCCCGCCCAAAGGGUCAAAGUAUGCCUUUGGAAGCGAUAGUCUGGAUCGGUUUGGUGAUGUGGAUGACGGUCUCAAGUACUAUGGCUCCUCUCGAAAGCCGAGCGACGAUAGCCACUCUCAAACUGGACCAGAUGUUGGCCAGCACCGAUCACAAGCGAGUGCAACGUCGACACACUCGAUGAUCUACAGCGAUUCUUCACCAUCAGGGAGUAGCUCAGAGUUUGAAACGGCAGACGAGGAUGAAGAUGAGGAGAAUGGCCAACGCACGCUAGCCUCGAUGCCUUUUCGCAUGCGCGAUGGACGCACGGGCACAGGGAGCACGUACGUAGGCGCAAAAUCUGCACGUGUACUCUUAUGCGUCAACGCUGCCGUGCAUAUUAUGCAUUAUUUCGACACUACGAAAGAAGCGCCUGGCAAACGUCUCCCGCGAAUUCCCUACAAGGGAAUCCUCCCGCUCAUAUUGGCACUGUACGGAGACUGGGAUAUCGACAUCGAAGUGGGCAUAGAUGACAUCCUCGAGUUGCCCAUGUUUGCAUCUUCCAUUCGUACUACACGAGUUCAAGAUGUAGAGGGUUCGGUCGUAGACAUCAUGCGCUUAUUUCGCGACCUUGGGACUCGUGCUCUUAUUAUUGCAAGCGGAGAUCGAGCCAUCUGUGUCCUACCAUCUAUCACGAAGCAGAGGACGGUGGACGAAGCGGGACUGACCGUGUUUACCCUUGACGACGAAGAAGGCCAUCGAUCCAAGCACGCAGCCUUCUUAGCCUACGCAUCUCGCUCACAGACCGCUCAAGCCGCCCUUCGUCUCCUCAAUAAGGGUAAAAAGUCGACGCCCCGUCUGCAAUAUUGCAUUCUCUCCCAAACAGAUGAUUUGGACCCCCAGAGAAUGGUUUAUACUUCGAAUAUACAACUACUGGAGGCAACGAUGCAUAUCAGAGAUCUUGAAUCGGACUAUAAGUCGUACCAGCGGGAGAUAUCCAUUGCGGAACGAAACACUGGCUCAGAGAAUACAAAGAUGGGGCAUGCAAUCGAAGCGACAAAUAAAUUGAACUUGGAGAUGCAAAAGCUACAAAGCGAACUGGAUAAUGUUCAAAAGAUGACCAAUACAAUAUUACACGAGCAACUUCGCGGAACACCAAACCCUCGCCCUUCACGUGAGAAUGAGACGCGUGAGGAAGAGCAGAGAAAUCCGUCGGGUGACAAGAAAGGGAAGAAGUCGGGCUUAUUUGGCUUCGUUUGGAACAUUGGCAGUAGUAGCGGCGGUUCCACACCUUCAUCAUUCCCACAGGAACAGAGGGAUAGACCUUCUGGGUCUAGCAGGGUUCAAAUACCGUCUCCAAGAGGGGAAUCGUCGACACAACAUCGACCAACAGGCGCUAGCGGCCGCACACCCACCGGUCGACCCUCUGGCAGCCGACCCGACCCGGGUCUCCAAGAUGCUAUUUCAAUACAAAGUAGAUAUGGUCACCAAGCAGGAAGGCCAGUUGAGGAUGACCCUUUCACUAAUGACAAAGGGAAGGGAAGAGCAGAUGAGACGAGAUACUGGGACUAUGCACCUCCUACUGUGGAUCCAGGCCUACAGGAAGCUCUGAGACUGCAGGCUCAAAUUGACCAGGAGGAAGCACUGUCGCUCGAGCUGAUCAUGGCGAUGCAGGAGAUUGAUCGCGCAGAGGCCGAGGCUCUUGCGGAGCUACAAAGGCGAGAGAUUCCAAACCAACCAUUCGACUGUCCUCUCUGCGCGGAAACAUGUCCAGUGUCGGACCUCACGAUUGUCGAAGAGUGCAAGCAUCAGACGUGCCGCGACUGCCUGCUCAAGCAUGUCAAGGCGCAGAUUUCGGAAGCGAGGUGGCCGAUUUGGUGUCCCCAAUGUCCUCCAGGCCAGCAGAAACGAGGUGUUGUUUCGCGCUGGCUUGCGGAGAUUGUUGGUGCAGAUGACAAAGUAUUCGAGCACUGGAAUCGAAUGGAGAUCGGUGACCUCGGUAUCAAUGUCGAAUGUCCCAGAUGCAAGAUCAGCACGCCAGUCGACGCAGAAGACUUCGGUGCUGCCGAGACUUUGGACUGCCCCGUCGGAUGCGGGGCACAUUGGUGCAAGGACUGCAACCAACAGAUCGAAAGAGGAGCAAAUCAUUCAUGUGAUGGCGAACUGGAGUUUAAAGAGUUAAUGGCUCGCAACCCAACACUGUUCCGUCGCUGUCCAAAUGGACAUUUGAUCGAGAAGAACCAGGGUUGUGACCACAUGUACUGCACAAGAUGUAGAUCCCAUUUCUCCUGGAGUUCUGCAAGGCAAUAA